UUUAAUAAUGAAAUCUUGGUUUAGUUUCUGCUGACAGAACCUUCCUAGAAUGCUUCCUCAACUCUCUGCCACUCCCCAGUUCUCUUUCAUACCCCUUUCAGUCUGAAGUCAUAUUUUAUUCAGCUUGCAUCUCUGGCAUUGUUUCCCAAGACUGAACCUCAAGUGAGCUGACUUUUGCCUUUGUCCAAGUGAAAAUUUUCCUAGCUGAUUCAUACUAAUAUUCGUUAAUGUGAUUUUCCUUGCUAGAUAAAGGCUAGACAUCUAAUAGAUUCCCUCUAAGGAUGACAUACAAAUCAGAACAGGUUUGAAUAUGGAUCCAGACAGUUUUAAGGAAUCUUUCAUUUCCUCAGGAGGCAAGGAUCUCUUGAUCUUUGAAUGAAUCUAGAAGAGGGAUAGAAACAUUUAUUUGAUUGUGGUUUACCUGAAUAUUUUAUUUUUUUUCCUAUUCAUCAGCUGAAAACUCCGUGAGAAAGGCUAUGAUAUAUGAAGACAUGAUACAGGCCAAAGCUGUGAACAAGUCUCCAGUGAAGGUGGAGACUAGAAGGAGUGGUGUCUCAGCAUUUGUGAAAGCCAGAACACAUAGAAAACUCCAGAGGAAACUUUUCCCAGAUACAGCUCUUUUCGAAAAGUGGGGCGAUAACUUGACCAAUGCCCAGCAGAUCCAAGCCUUCAUACUCUUCUCCCUGUAUGGUUACAAUGCUUACCUCAGUGACCACCUGCCAUUUAAUCGAUCCAUUCCAGACACUCGUCCUCUCAGGUGUCUUGAAAAGAAGUACCCCCAACAACUUCCAACCCUCAGUGUUGUUAUCACGUUUAUGGAUGAAGCUCUGUCCAUUUUACAACGGGCCAUUACCAGUAUCAUCCAUAGGACCCCUUCUCACCUGCUGAAAGAGCUCAUCCUUGUGGAUGAUUUUAGCUCAAAUGAGGACCUAAAGGUAAAUCUAGACAAACAGAUCCAGCUUUACAAUCUCAAGUACCCUGGGCUGCUGAAGCUGAUUCGACACACUGAAAGGAAGGGGGUAGCCUCUACUCGCUUCUCUGGGAGUCAAGCUGCCACGGCAGACGUAGUGAUCUUCUUGGAUGCUCAUAUUGAAGUGAAUAUUGAGUGGGCAGAACCCAUCUUAGCUCGGAUUCGGGAAGACCACACUGUGAUUGUGUCACCCAUAAUUGACAAUAUUCUUUUUGACACCUUGGAAGUGAAUGAGUCUCCACUGAUGCCCAUGGGGUUUAGCUGGAAAUUGUUUGGCCAUUAUGACUAUAUGUCAGUCAACUCGAAAGAUAACACUAUAGCAAUAAAGAGUCCUGCCAUCAUGGGUAUCUUUGCUGCAAACAGACUGUUCUUGGAGAAGAUUGGAUUCUUGGAUACCGGGAUGCUAUUUUAUGGAGGAGAAAAUGUAGAACUGAGCCUGAAGGCAUGGCAGUGUGGAGGGAAAAUUGAAAUCUUACCAUGUUCUCGGAUUGCUCACCUGCAACGAGCCCACAAACCCUAUUCUCUGAUUAUUUCACCCCUCAUGAAACGCAAUGCUCUUCGUGUAGCUGAAAUAUGGAUGGACAACUACAAAUACAUGGUGUAUUUAGCUUGGAAUCUGCCUUUGAAGAAUCAUGGAAUAGAUUUUGGAGAGGUGUCUUCUAAGAUAGAACUCCGCAAGAAACUGAAGUGUAAAAGUUUUGACUGGUACCUCAAGAAUAUUUAUCCAAAUCUUAUGCCACUUCAGCACAUUGUUGGCUAUGGAUCUAUGAAAAAUUCUGUGAAUAAAAUGAUCUGCUUGGACCAGGGAAACAUCCAAGGAAACACACCAGUCAUGUAUAUUUGCAAUGGAUUCAAACAACAGUUUGUAUACUACCACUUGACUGGAGAACUGUAUGUUGGACAGCUACAUGCAGAAAUAUUUUCAAAUGAUCGGUGCUUAACAGAUCCUGGAGAAGGAUGGAAGCCAGAAUUAGUAUCAUGCCAAGAAGCAAUACUGAAAAGGAUGAACAUGUAUUGGGAUUUUAAGCAAGGAGCAUCAAUCACCAACAAGUACACUAAUCGGUGCUUAGAAGUCAGUAAGCGUUCCCCAGUUUCCCAUCUCCUUAUCCUCCAGAGAUGCACCGGACAAAAAUGGACUAUCCAACAUACUGUCAGAAAUUGGGAGAUCUAAAGUUCCCUCAGUAAGAAUGGAGCUGGAAGUAAUAACAUAAGGCCCUGGAUUUAAGGAUAGACACAUGUCCCUGAUGAGAAGACUUUCUGCUUUCAAACCUGUUUUGAGCAGGAUGCCAUCUUCCUAUAUGUGAAUAAAAGUAUUGAUGACAAUGUGAUGGAAAAUGAAUGUCAUAGUGGUAAAUGAGUUAUAGAUAUGAAAGAAAUGCAGCUUGUGAUGGGAUUAGAGGAGGUCAAGAAUGCUUUGUUUUCCUAUGGUCCAAAGAAUACCCUAACGAUCCAUUCCAGAACUUUCUGUUAAAGAUUCAUUGAAAUGUAAAAUCUUGUGAAAUUGUUGCUUUGAUUGGGAAAGUGGAGUUGUCAAAAAACAAAAAAAAAGCAGUGUAAAAUCUGUUCUUUGGGAUCUGCUAGGGUUAUUGAGUUCACAUAUACUAUAGUUAAUCUUUUUUCUUUAUGCCCUCCCUUGGCUCAUUUAUUCAGAGUCGUGGGACAGUCUUUGUUCUAUUAGAGGGAUUAUGUCCUUUCUUUGUCAGAAAUCAAGAGCAUUCUUGGAGAAAUACCAAUGUUUCUUCUGGUUUUAGCAAACUUUAAAUUCAUUAGCCCCCUCUCCUCUUUAUAGAAAUGUGUUUGGUCAGCAGUUCAUCAGAGCAAGGUAUAACUACCUAUAAAGUCUCAAGUACCUAUCAAAUCCAAGAAGCACCACCCCACUGAGUAGGACUUUUUGUGCCCUUAGAUAACCAGGAAAUAGGAAGAUCCCCAGGAAGAAUUCUUGUCACAGGUAUGUAAUCACAAUACUGUUAGUUAUUCAUCUUUUGGGAAACAGAAAGUGUUUAGGUCUAUGUUUUAUGUGAUAUAUUUUUUAUGUUCUGUGUUUUAUCUUAGACAAAGAACUUGCAAGUAACUCAAAUUCUCCCAAAGUAGAAUAUAUUGUCUUAGGAGGUGGUAGAUUCCUUUUUAUUAGAGAUAUUGUCAAAUAAAGACUGGACAAGUAUUUUUCAUGUA